GCAAUUUUAACUUCAUAUUCAAAAUUCGAAAGGCCAUUAUCCAGGAAGUGUUUGUCAUGACUCAUGGGGCGAGUGGAGACUGCACAAUAUAAAGUAAAGAAUUACCGGAAGGGAACCGAUCCUCAAGUUCUGCCUAUGUAAGUCUAUAAAAUCAACCACCACCACAAGAAGUAAUUGAACACCAACCAGAUCUCACCAUGUCAGACAUGGUCCCCCUGGAAGAGAGGUACAAGGCCAGCAUGGUCCUAAGUGGAGCAGGAGAUGCCCUGGGCUACAACCAUGGUAACUGGGAGUUUGAAAAGGAUGGAGCGUUCAUCCAUGAGGAAGUGCAGAAGAGAGGAGGUCUAGAGAAGCUGGAUGCCAUAGACUUCCCUGUUAGUGAUGACACCGUCAUGCAUCUGGCUACAGCUGAGGCUCUGGUCAAGUUAGGGUUUGGGGAAGGGGCGUCCCUCCCUGUGCUGUAUCAAGCCAUGGUGGAGAAGUACAUUGUAAGCAUGACGGACAUGGUUGGAAGAGGAGCAGGCAUCACCUGCAGUAGCAGCGUUGCAAUGCACAGACAGAGAACUGACCAGGGCAUUAAGAUUCCCUUCAACAAGAGGGGCGGAGGGUGUGGGGCAGCCAUGAGGGCCAUGUGUAUCGGCCUGCGCUUCCCCGACCCUGAGCAGGAGCACCUGCUGAUAGCUGUGAGUGUGGAGAGUGGGCGUCUGACCCACCACCACCCCACAGGCUACCUGGGUGCCCUGGCUGCAGCCCUGUUCACGGCCUACGCAGUGAGGGGCACCCUGCCCGUGGAGGCCUGGGGACACAGACUCAUGGAUGUCCUAGACAAAGCCAAGGAGUACGUCAGAAAUUCGGGCAACUAUGUGGAGCAGAACAUGAAGCACUGGGACUACUUUGAAAUUCAGUGGAGAUCCUAUUUAGAAAAGAGAGGGAUUUUGGAUGGAAAGAGCAAACCUCAGUUCCCAGAGUGCUACGGAGUGAAGGAGAGGGAGCAUUUCUAUAGGGCGGUGAGCUUCAAGGGUGUGGGUGGCGCCAGUGGGCAUGAUGCUCCCAUGAUAGCUUACGAUGCCCUCCUGAGGGCAGGCGACUCCUGGGUUGAGCUGGCCAAUCAUGGCUUCUUCCACGGCGGGGACAGCGACUCCACGGCCGUGAUCGCUGCUGCCUGGUGGGGCGCACUGUUCGGCUUCAGAGGGGUGCCAGAGAUCAACUACCGGAGUCUGGAGUACCGUGACAGGCUAUCCAAACUAGGGCAACAGCUAUACGAGCUCAGGGGAAAACCUCUUGAUUCUGAGAAAGAGAAAAGUAAAUUAAACCAAUAGAUGGUUAAACGUGAAAUUCAUUACAUUUCCUGCAGAUUAUCAGUAAUUUCAGCUACUUAAACUUUUUUGACACUAAUUUUGCAUCCCUUGAUUUUUGUAUUACAUAUUUUAAAGAAUAUGACUGGAUCUGGAAAGGUUUAUAGAGUACUUAUCUCAAGCUGCAGUCCAACUACUGACCAGGAGAUGGAGCCAUUCAUCUGCAGAAUUUACAUUUACAUUUACGUCAUUUAGCAGACUCUUAUCCAUUGCGACUUACAGUUAGUGAGUGCAUACAUUUU